UCAGAUAUGUCGAGUCAUUCUAGUAAAUUCUGUGUACGUGACGAAGCACCUUAUAUCAGCUGAGAUCGCGAAAUUUUGAAUACUGUUGCGUUUUUACGUUGUACAACUUAAAAUAGUUGAAUCUUUGUAACAAUGGAGAAGUUUAUCAAGCAAGGAGAUAACGUCUUGGUCGUGUGGAGCGUCCCACCAACAGGAGAUAAAAUGCAAACGAUGGUAAAUCUUAUCAAAACAAAAUCGUCAACUGGAGUCGUUCAACUAGAGAAUGCUCAAAGAUUGAAAAUGGGUGGAUAUGAAAGUUCAAAUUAUGACAUUGCCAUCUGUGGUUUAUUUUCUGCUGAAGAAAUUUAUUCAAAUGAGAUUUUUGCUGAAAUCGCUAGAGUUUUGAAACCACAGGGAAAGGUUUAUGUGAAGAACAACAAUGCUGGAGCUUCUACAACAUCAACUUUAAAGUUAUCUGGUUUCAUUAAUAUUAUGGAGGCUGGCCUCACAGAAUCGAGCACGGGUGAUGCAGCAUCUCAGAUCCUCGUCGGCGAAAAACCUCACUUUGAAGUCGGGUCGUCUUCAAAAUUAUCAUUUGCUAAAAAGAAACCAGCCCAGGAAGAAAGUGCAAAAACAGUUUGGAAUUUAUCAGCCAUGGAUAUGAAUGAUGAUGAUGUGGAAUUGAUAAAUGAUGAUGAUCUUUUAGAAGAAGAGGAUCUUGUUGUUCCGGAUGCAACAAGUUUAAAAGGAGGAUGUGGGACUGGGGAGACAAAACCAAAGAAAGCGUGCAAAAACUGCACCUGUGGACUUGCAGAAGAGUUAGAAACCGGGAAGACUCCUCAACCUAAAGCUGCUACAUCUGCUUGUGGAAGUUGCUAUCUGGGCGAUGCGUUCCGUUGUGCAAGUUGUCCAUAUUUGGGAAUGCCAGCGUUUAAACCUGGAGAGAAAAUCAGUUUAUCCAACCGACAACUGACGGCCGACUCUUGAUCAUUUUAAUGCGCAAUGUUUUCUUUUUGACCAACACAUAUCAACUCAAUACAAAGCACCGUUUUGCAAUAA